AUGUUACCUAUAUUAUAAAAGGAGAGAUCUAAAUCAAUCAAUGUAAAAAAGCAAACAGAAAAAAAUUCAAUUCAUGCUGAUGUAUCUCCAUUUGGUGAAGGAAGAGGUAUAUUAAUCAUAUUGAUUUUGAAUAAUGAAGAAUUUGUUGCUGAGUUUAUUCAAAAUCCUCACUUUCUUCAAUUUCUUAAAUAUAAAGAGUUUUUAAAUGAAAUGCAAAUCAAAUAAUUUAUUGUAUAUUUACAAGAAUAUUAUAUCUAAUCAACAUGUAAAUCAUAUACUUAUCAUUACUGUACAUUUUCAUAAUAAUAAAAAAAAAUCGAUUUAAUGAAUACAUCAAGCAGAGAAACUUAUGAAGUACUAUUUGAGUUUGCUGAAAGAAUUAAUAAAGAUAAAUAAUUUAAUUUUAUUUUUGGGUUUGACUUUAAAAUGAUACAUAAAAGCAAAUUUAAAAAUAUAUUAUUUUUGAGUGACUCUAGAAUAGAUUAAUAAAUAGUGGAAUUCAUUUAACCAUAAAAAAUAAGUCGAGUUAGAGCAUUCUCUAAUCCAAGUGUCAAUCAAACUACAAAAGAAUAAUCAGAAAUAUUCGAUAUAGAUAAUAAAUAUUAAUAAUUAGCAUCAAAUAAAAAGAAUAAAGAAAUUAAAUAAUGCUUAAAAGAAUAAAAUAAAUAGAAAUAAGGAAUAAAAAAUAAAGAACAAUUAAUCAUUAAGAAGAUUAUGCAAACUGAAAAAAUAAAUGAACCUUAAAAAUAAUAAAAUGAACUACCUUAAAUAUGUGAAUAGGUAUUUAUAAGAUUUUAGUUGAUUUUUGCAAUUAAGAAUAUUUCAGUAGAUAAAGAUUUGUUUUCUUAAUUUCUUUUGUUAUGCGAAAUGACUAUUUUAUACACUAAAAAUAAAUUACUUUAAGUGUCAAUUUAAAAAAUUGAAGAAAGCAAAAGAUUAGAAGUACUUUUAAAAUAACUCUUUUUUGAUUAUAAAAUUCUAAAAUCUAUGAAUAUAAAAUUAUAGUAAUUGAAUCCUGCAUUAACUAGAUGCUUAUUAAGAUUUUUAAAAUAAGGAUUAGAAUAUGAUAGACAAAAUAGAUUAUUUUGGAAUGACUUUUUAAGAUUUAAAUAAUAUUACAUAGAUAAGAUUUGGGAAGUAUCUGAUUUUAGAUUAUUUUUGAUGCUUUUGAAUGAUGAAAAUCAAUCCCUUACUUCUAAAAUUAUGAAAGUUUAACCACUCAAUAUAUAAAGAGCCAUUUUAAAUCUUGAACCAGAAUCCUUAUAGAACAUUGUCUACUCCUUAAUUUUUUGA